AUGACCAUCAACGCCUUACUGAAAUUCCUGCUGCUGUGUGUUGUCUUCACGGCGACCUACAGCGUCGUCGAGGGCGAUGUCGAGGAUGUUCCCUUGGAAUACAAAGGUGACCAAGAUACGUUCUCUCUGUCAGCGGUUUUCAAACGUGCAGCUAAGACACCAAAACCAGUCUACUGCCUACCAUGGCGAGCACCAUGUACCCUAGACGAUGCCCUGAUCAGGAAAUACCCCUUCCUCAAUUGCUGCAACUCUGGAGCCUGCAAAUGUAACCUGUUUGGAAACAACUGCAGAUGUGAGGCCACCCUCAGGAGCAUCAUGAGCUGA